CGCAAAAGUAACGCAUCGGUCGCAGAUAGCAUUUACGUGUCAGAGCGGCAGCAGGCAAACCAAACGGUCAACGGUCGACGAUUCUAAGUGGCGGUGAUUUGGAUCCGGAUUACAUCAUUACUAGCAAGUGAGCUCACCUGGUGAAAUAUGUGAGAAAAGUAUGUGCCACACUUUCUGUGGGAGCAGAAGAGAAAUUGCUGGCUGCCAAUUUCGUAACGUUUCGUUGCAGUUUUCUACAACUAUUUCGUGCGUCACACUUGAACGCAUGGUCAGUUCUAGGUGCGUGGACGUAGAACAAGAUAGAGCGCUUUCGGAAAAUUCAAGGCAAUGGUAGUGUUUGUCUACGGCCGAGCAAUCGGAAUUUAUUGAUAGUGUUAUCUGAUCUAACCGGAGACGUAAGAGAAGGCACGCGUUGUGACAAUAUAAACCGGUGGAGACGCCUAGUUCUUACAAAUAUUGGGUGACUGAUUGUAAAUAGUGACAAAGGUGUGAAUUGGUUGUUGGGAUGAUUUCUCGAGUAGUGUUGAGAAUGUCACCGUUGAUCAUCGCUCUACUGCUGAUAAAAGGCAAUGUGGCAUUGCCGGAAGAGAAUGAAGGUAGCGGUGAUUAUGAAGUGAUCGAUUCGAUACAUUCACGCCCAAUUCCUUCAGACGACGAGAUAUUGGAUCCGAUCAUAUCAGAUGAUGACUUGUAUCCGGAGGACGAUGAUGAUUACGGCGUUUCCUCGGAUGAAGGAAAUUCUACUAUGCUAGCUGGCAUAAUUAUUAGACAAAGAUAUAGUAACAACGAUUCUGCACAAGGACUAACCGAUGAAGGUGAACCAGUUCGAUUAGAUUUGUUAGAGAAUUUCGAAGAUGGUUUCGAAACAUCGGUUGUCACAAACGAUACAAUCGAUCCAUUGUUGUUACAAGUUGGACAAACAAAUGUCGCUUCGGAGUUACUUCCGAUGGAUUGCCGCAACUACCAGAAAUUAUCAACUCAACCACGCUUCACGAAUACCACCUUUAAUGUUAUCAGAAAAUGCUGUCCACCAGGAGAGAGCUUCCAUAUGGGCGGUAAAAGUCACCAUGCUGCCCAAUGCAAACCUGGUGAACCAUGGGGUACAUUCCAAGUGCAAGCGAUAUAUGCACAAUUCUAUGAAGGAUGCAUCGAAGAUCUAGAAGAAUCAAUACCGGCUCUGGGACUGGCAUAUGGGAGUCCAUGUGCCGUCGAGAGUGGCCUUGUUAGGUUUGGCCAGGAUACCAAGGAUACUUUGUUUGUGAUACAGAACGGAUCACUGCUGACCAUCAACGAACUGGUUGAAGAGUUUGACAUAUUCAAUCGAUAUUGUUUGGAUGUAGAUCGAAAGAGUGGAUUAUUAAAUGGGUACGUAUGCCCGUCUGAGAUACGAAUUGGCCGAGAUAUUUUCAAGGGUCAGAUGGUGGCCUUGGCAUUAUGUCUGAUAUUUGCUAUUCCACUACUACUAGCAACUGCUUACUUUUACGUGGAAAUUCCUGAAUUUGAUGAUAUUCACGGAAAGGCGCUGUCAUUAAAUUGUAUAAAUUUUGCCAUCGCUCUAUUGUUGGAGAGCAUCUUUCAACAUAAGAGCAAAGGACAUGGUUCCACGAAUGAUACAAUUGUGCUUGCUAAUUAUGCUGAGUACUUCAUUCUAGCGACGUUCUUUUGGUUGCUGGUGAAUUGCAUGAAUAACUGCAUUCAUGCUUGGUAUUUCCUGCCAAAAGGAAUUCAAAUUCACAUGAAAGGUGAGAAAAGAACUUUUGCUCUUUAUGCUGCUUUCGCACAGUUGGUUCCACUUGCUAUCAUUCUGCUAAACCCACCAAACGGAGAUCCCGCCGGUUUGAAGCACUAUUUUUUCAUUCCAAUCAUCAUCAUAAUCGUGCUUAAUAUGCUCAGUUUUUUCAUCACAUUCUGGGGCUUCCAGCGAGUUACUGACAUUCUAAUUCAACACUAUAUUUUACGGGGUCGCCUUAGCACUGGUGGUGAAGCAGCUGAUGCCGUUCUAUCCAAGCUCCCCGACAUCCAGACUGCAGAUGUUGAGCGUGUGAAAUACAUGACUAAGUAUACCGCUAUGCUGUUCGUGGUGAUGGCCGGUGUAUGGAGCAUUACCAUUGGAACCUACUACAGUACAAGGACAAUUCCAAUCUUGUACGAUAUCUUGUUUGGAUUGCAAGGAAUCCUCAUAUUUAUUAUAUUCAUCUGUCUGCCCAGGCCGUUUCGAACGGUUAAGGCAUGGUUUCAACAAAAAGGCAUUUGUGGUUGUCGAGAAGACCCGGAUGUAGUCAAUCUGCGGAGGCGGACAUGCUAUUCAAGGAACGUUACUAAGGAAGCAGUUCCGCUUAACAAUGUGACAGCGUCGUAAAUAUAAUGUGUGUUUCAAAACGAGAAGUUUUUCUUCUGAGUUAUCGAACGAAUUUCAUAAGUUUUAAGUCAAUAAUUAUUUAGAAGUAUUUUGGCACGAGGCCAAUGAAUAAGAAAAUAAUUAGUUCGUACUGAGUCUGAAUUGAAUAUCAAAAACAAACUAAAUAAAAUUUUCGUGUACACUGAAUCAUCUCUUUUGCCAUAAAUGAUUCGACAAAGUUAGUCAUUUAUUUAAACAUCUUAAUAAAAUCAGUAUGCAGAUUCGUCAUACCUAGGUAAUAAAUGAAUUUCUUUGUAUAGAUACUAAUGCGAAUAAAAUCAUUUAUUUAUCACUUACAAAUUCUCAUAUUUAAAAAAAUGUAUUAAAAAGUCUUGUGAAAAUAACGUUUAAAUCCACGCAUAGUAUUUCGUUUCGUCGUUUGCUCAAUUGACAUUUCUACAUUACCGCAAUGUUUCGUAAACAGUUCAUUUUCUUGGGUGAUUUCAAGAUAUUUGGAAUAAACAAACUAAGUACGCUAGUCUCUUUCGAGUGCAUUAUUUCGAGCAAUUUAUUCGCUUAUUACCUUACCGCUAAAGGAUAUAAUUCUGCGGUAAAAUUUAAUUUGAAGAUACUCGCAAAUAUUCAAUUUUCAUCUCGAAUAAAGACAACAAGAUUAUGUAAAUCUAUUCAACAAACACAUACUAACUAACAUUAUA